AUGGCACUACUGCUGUUAUGGCUGGGGUUCUUUUCUCCUGCUUUGAUGGGAGUCACGAAGAUACCAGUGAAAGAGAACCUGUGCACCACAGUCCCUUGCAGAUUAGCAUUUCCCAAAGAACCUCUGGGCAGUUCCAUGAUCAUGGGCUACUGGCUCAACAAAAAUAUCAGCGCCCCUGUAGCCACCAAUAAGUCCAAUGUUAUCAUAGAUGACCACAGCAAUGGGAGAUUCCACAUCCUUUGGAAUCUUGAAGAACGAGACUGUACCCUGCUGACCCGCAAUGUCCUCAAAAGGUUCAAUGCCACAUACUUGUCCCCUGAAGAUCUUCACGAACAAAAGGCUGCUCUCCUGAGGGAGAACAUCACACUCUUCCUGUCAGAUAUUCCUAUGGCCAGAGCGUCUGUGACCUUGACCUGCACCAUCAGAAGCUCCUGCAUAGAAGCCAAAGCCCGUUUCCUCUCCUGGAAAGAACCUGCCAUGUCCUUCAACCCCAAAGGCUCCAGAAACUCCUCCGUCUCUUCCUCCGUGCUGCACUUCACACCAAAGCCGAAGGACCAUGGCGCCGCACUGCAAUGUUACUUGAACUUCCCUCUAUCUAACUCGACCGCUGUCAAGUCCCCAGUGAUCAUACCCGCCACGCUGUUCCAUUACGUGUGUUCCUUGGAGAAGAAGCUGCAGUGCAGCUGCUCUUUCUAUGGUAUCCCCACACCCGUCGUGCAGUGGCUUAUGGGAGGUGUUCCUGUGAGACUGAAAAACAUGAGUGACGCCUUCCAGGUGGCCAUCACCGUAGCUGCCCCCUGGGCCAACAGCACCAUCGAGUUCACUGGGAAGCCAGAAACAGUCAUGAGCCUUCACUGUGAGGGGAAGAACAAAUAUGGAAUCCAAGAGGCCAGCAUCUUCCUGGUACCAGAUGAAAGCUCGGUUUCCAUAUUGUUUGUGAAAGGGCUGAUCCAGGGCAUCGUGUAUGGAGUCAUUAUUCCAGCACUAUUCUACUUCUUCCUCGUCCUUCUUGUAAUCAGGAUUCUUAAGUGGUGGGUGAAGCGUCAAAUCCCCAAGGAGGAGGAGGUCCUGAUCCUCAAGAAGCCAGAGCUGCUGGAGGAGCCAGAAACGUCAGAGGAGACUAAAGACGCAACCUCCCCCAGCUGGGCCAGAGAGAAGUCCCUGGAGCGGCUGGAGCCCAGGCCGUCCACCAGCCAGGCGGCUGCACUGCUGCAGCCCUCGGCGGACACUCUUUAG